GUUCGCCGACAUCCCGAACGGCCUUGCGGCUGUCUCCAAGGUGCCAGUGGCCGGCUGGGCGCAGAUUGCCGCGUACUUUGGCUUCGUAGAGUUCAGCGGUGGAUUCGAUGACUACAAGAGCGGAACUCCCGGUGACUAUGGCUUCAAGGUGCUGACCUCCUCGGAUCCUGCUGAGAAGACCAAAAAGCUCUCUGCCGAGCUGGCAAAUGGCCGCCUCGCGAUGAUGGCGAUCAUCGGUAUGUUCUUCCAGGAUGGCCUCACUGGCAGCGCCUGGGGAGACUGGGCUAACUACACCGCCUCGCCUCUGCGAGCGUUCGAGAACGAGCUUGGAGUGCAGGCCCCCGUGGGAUUCUGGGAUCCAGCAGGAUUGUCGGCAGAUGGCAGUGUGGAGAACUUCAAGCGCCGUCGUGCUACCGAACUUAAGCACGGCAGAAUUGCCAUGCUUGCAACCAUGGGAUACAUCACGCCAGAAAUCACUGGAAAGUUCCCUGGUUACUUGAGCCCAUCUGCUGGCUUGAAGUUCGCCGACAUCCCGAAUGGCUUG